AUGCCAGGGAAACGCACUGCGAAGAGGAGGCCGGUGCCCGAAGAGUCUCCUGAAAAGAAGAUUAAAGUCUGCCACCCCUCCCACCGCACAGAGCCGGGCCUGGUGCUGGCGCUGGGGCAGGGAGGGAUGCACACGGUGUGCCUCAGCCAGACAGGAAAGAUCUACACCUUUGGCUGCAAUGAUGAAGGUGCCCUUGGGCGAGACACCUCGGCAGAAGGGUCGGAGACCACCCCAGGGCUGGUGGAGCUGCAGGAGAAGGUCGUGCAGGUCUCUGCAGGGGACAGCCACACCGCUGCGCUGACGGAGGACGGACGGGUGUUCGUCUGGGGCUCCUUCCGGGAUAACAACGGGGUGAUCGGUCUGCUGGAACCCAUGAAGAUGAGCUCUGUUCCUGUGCUGCUCCAGCUCGCUGCACCCGUUGUUAAAAUUGUCUCAGGGAACGACCACCUGGUGAUGCUGACUGUGGACGGGGACCUGCUGACGUGUGGCUGUGGUGAGCAGGGCCAGCUGGGCCGCGUGCCGGCGCUCUUCGCCAACCGCGGUGGGAGGAAAGGCCUGGAGCGCCUGCUGAUCCCCCAGCGUGUCCCUGUCAGGGGCAAAGGCAACCGGGGCAAGAUGCGGUUCCAGGACGCCUUCUGCGGGGCCUACUUCACCUUCGCUGUCACCCGGGAGGGGCACAUCUAUGGCUUUGGCCUCUCCAACUACCACCAGCUGGGCACCCAGAGCACGGAGCCCUGCUUCUCCCCACAGAACCUGACCUGCUUCAAGAACUCCACCAAGUCCUGGGUGGGGUUCUCUGGGGGGCAGCACCACACGGUCUGCGUUGACUCGGAGGGUAAAGCCUACAGCCUGGGCAGGGCCGAGUACGGCCGGCUGGGGCUGGGGGCAGGGGUGGAGGAGAAGAGCACACCCACAGUCAUCCCCGAAACUUCCAUCCCCUCCCUUGCAGGACGAGCGUUUGCCUGGGGCAUGGGCACCAACUACCAGCUGGGCACGGGGGAGGAGGAGGACGUGUGGAGCCCCGUGGAGAUGACGGGGAAGCAGCUGGAGAACCGCACGGUCCUGGCCGUGUCCAGCGGCGGCCAGCACACGCUGCUGCUGGUCAAGGACAAGGAGCAGAGUUGA